AGAAGAAGAAGCAGCAGCAGCUUUGUGAGAAACCGCGACACAAGCCGCCGUGUGUUCGCGGCCAUUAGCUUCUGGAAGCGGAGAGAAAAUCCACGUAGAAAGCACUUGGGGUUGUCAAAUUAUGUGGACACAGAAUCCAGGAUAUCCAGCGUCAAGUUGAGGAUCUUGGACGACAAUUUUAAGAAGCUUAUUAGCGACCGAACCAAACUUUUUCAAGCAUUUGAGACAAACAAAGAAAGAAACCAGUUGAACGUCUGGAUCAAGUCAUGUCUCGCCGAAGAAGCCGCAGCGCAUCGCCAGGACACUUUUCACGCUCCUGCAGCAGUAAUGAUCCUCGAGAUUUGGAGAGAAGGAUUUUCGUGGGGAAUUUGCCGACCUCCGACAUGGAAAAGAAGGAUUUAGAAGAAAUGUUCAGCACAUACGGGAAAGUUGUCGGCGUGUCCAUGUUUCGUGGGUUUGGAUUUGUACAAUUUGAACGCGUUGAGGAAGCGGAAGCUGCAAAGGCGGCCCAAAAGGGUCGAAUAUAUAAAGGUUAUAAAAUAGAUGUAAAUAUGGCAGUGGAGCGACGGCAAGCUAAACCUCAAAUCCAGCAGAGCCCUCCUCGAAGGGCCCCAUACAGCAGUUACGGGGACAGCAAAGAGCCUCGGCCUCGGUCCCGGUCACCUGUUUAUGGGCGCGACGGACGUGAUGGACGUGAGCACCGUGAUAGCCGGGAUGGGAGGGAUUCGGCUCGAGAGGCGAGGCCGGCUGGCCACUCUCGUGACCAUGACUACCGCUACCGUAGCUCAGAGGGCAGAGACAAGGACCCGAGAGGUGACCUGAGAGCUGACCCAAGGGGCGACCCCAGAGCCGACCCGAGAGGAGACCCCAGAGCUGAUCCGAGAGGAGACCCCAGAGCCGACCCGAGAGGAGAUCCCAGAGCCGACCCGAGAGGAGACCCCAGAGGGGACCCCAGAGCCGACCCAAGAGGGGACCCCAGAGCUGAUCUGAGAGGGGACCCAAGAGCCGACCCGAGGGAUCCUGCAUUCAGCAGAGAAGACUUGGACAGAUUCUACCGCAGUGGCAGCGGUGCAGAAGAGUAUUACCGCAGGAAGGAUGAGACCUACAGGGACCCUUACAGAGACCCCUGGAAUGGACGUCGUGAGCCAGAGGCAGAGGAUCGUGCUCGACCGGAGGAGCGUCGGCGUAAUGAGUUGUAUCGACAGUAUUAUGAAGAACUCCAGCGGCGCUAUGACACGGACCGUCCCGUGGACUGCUCGGUGAUUGUCGUCAACAAGGCACAGAAUGUGUACCUCUGCUUUGAAAAUAACUGUAGGGAGUAUGCUGAAACGGUCGGGCGGAAGGUCCGCGAUUUGGGAAUGGUGGUGGACCUAAUCUUCCUCAACACAGAGGUCUCUCUGACCCAGGCUCUGGAGGACGUUGGCCGAGCCCGCACUCCCUUUGCCAUCAUCAUCACCCAGCAGCACCAAGUGCACCGGUCCUGCACCGUCAAUAUCUUGUUCGGCACGCCGCAGGAACAUCGAAACAUGCCAAUGCAGGACGCCAUGAUGCUCGUUGCCCACAACUACGAUUCUUACAAAGUUGAAAACCGUGAAAAAGAGCGCGAGGAGAUUGCCAGGAAGGCCGCCAAGAUGGCCGACGAUGUAUUACUCAGGGAGCCCGACAGAGAGAGCCACCCCGUCUCUGUGCUCACUGCCAUCACAUUGCUGUCUGAAAACAGAUUUGUAACCCCCGAGGAACUGGACAGUCUCAUCGCGUACCUGAAGGAUAAACGAGUCCGUCUGGUGCGAAGUUCUACAGACCCUCUUUCAGCUCCAGUCCACGUUGCAGCUCCAGCAGAUGUCCCGCCCUCGGCUGCAGGACUGCCUUCUUCCUCCCAUUCUGCUCUCGCACCCCAACAGACGAGUCACCUCGGUUUAUCUGCUGCUCCGAGCGCCCCGGCUAACUCCAGCCAUCAGCAAGAGCUGCAGGCCAAGAUCCUCAGCCUGUUCACCAGCGGCACUGGCUCAGCGGUCAGUGCUGGGGGCCUUCCCUCUGCCUCCCAGUCACAGGCCUAUGGCUCCCUGGGCCUGCCCCCUUCCCAGAGCCUACCCCGCCCAGCCAUGUCCGCUCCUCCUGCAGCUGUAUCCCAGGGUUACGGCGCCCCGCAGGGCCGGAUGCCAGUCGCACCAAUCGGUCAAAGACCCCCUGGCUCUACUUCAGGUAUCAAUUUUGACAACCCGAGUGUCCAGAAAGCUCUGGACACGCUCAUCCAGAGCGGGCCGUCUCUUAACCACCUGGUGGGCGGCGGGGUCUCUCAGCAGCCACCGGUCAGACCGGCACAGAGCAUGGGCCAGGCCCCGUCCCAUCCGUCUAUGUCCAUGUAUCCCCGACACUACUGACAGGCUGCAGCAAAUGAAUUCCAUCUCCUAACGUGACGCCCACUUUUCCUCUUGUACGCGUAGACACCACAUCGAUUCUCUGAAGUGAAUUUACCAGCUGUGUAUAGGUAGACUGUUGGAAUGUUUUUGUAAACUGCUUUUUAAUUUUGUUUUUCUUAAUUAUUAUUGAAUCUUUAUUCUAGGCAGUGUUCUCACUUCAAUUUUUGUUUUCAACUAUAAUUAUUAACCAGAAGACAAUUGAUUCUUGUUACAUGUGGUUUAAAUAAUGAAGAUAUGUUGCAUGUGUAAAGUACAUUUUGGCCCCUGAUGGACACUUUUGUGUUUUCCAGCCAUGACCUGUUGUGUGUUUUAUAGUUUUGCAGAGUCUUUUAAUUUGUAACAAGUUUUCAUUGUCAAUAAAGACGUGAUUAAAAACUCGAGACACAGUCGCUGUAAUAAAA